UCUCUCUCUCUCUCGCCCCCCCACCUCUCUCUCUCUCAGUCUGCCGGCUGCUCUCUCUCUGCUCACUCUGCUCUCACACACUCUGAACAUCACCACAACUAGACGGAGUCUGAAUGAAAUCAAACGAGUGACUUUGUUUUUUCUUAUUUUUUUUCUGGAUGGAUACUCGCUUGUUGGGAGGAUGACGGGGGGAGUCCAGGAUCCUGAAUAUGUUUGGACGCUCGGAGCAAAUGGACGACCUGUCUCCUGCAGCUCUGUGAAGUCCUUCCUGCGUUUGAGUACGAGCAUCCCUCAGGAGUUUAGUGUGUCACUGGGACCUUGAGUCGCACCUACACACACACACACACACACACACAGACACACACACACUGGUGUUCGGCCGCUCCCCAGCUCACCAGCCCUGCCAGACCUCUUAUCUCUAAAAGAUUGAUGAGGUCCCGUCCAGGCGCCGGAGGCCUGGCACAGCGUUGAUAAGGCAGCUUUCCUUUCAGCACAUUACACCCCCCCCCCCCCCCUUCCUUUCUCCUCCUCUUCUCCAUCACACUGAGGGAAGCACUCGGGUCGAGAGGGACGGUCCCCUCAGAAGACAUGAGAUGCCCCGGAGCUGACAGCUCUGACUCCUCCUGUCGCUCCAUCGUGAUCGGCGAGCAGGACGCCAGAGACGGCAUGUCCCUGUCCAACGGCUGGAGCUGGAAUAGAGUGAAACUGCAGAGAGACGCUCAGAGCUGAGAGCACGUCACACACAAACACACACACCUGCACACACACACACACACACACACACACACACACACUGUUCCACGCAGGACAAUGUGCAACAUCUCGUUCUGUGAGGUGGACAGUAAGGUGGACCAGUUCUUCCAGCCCACGCUCUACAUCAUAGUCAUCGUCCUGGGGCUGCCCACUAACUGCAUGGCUCUGUGGGCGGCCUACAUGCAGGUGCGCCAGCGUAACGAGCUGGGCAUCUACCUGAUCAACCUGUCGGUGGCCGACCUCCUGUACAUCACCACGCUGCCGCUGUGGAUCGACUACUUCCUGCAGCACGACGACUGGAUCCACGGCCAGGAGAGCUGCAAGCUGUUCGGCUUCAUCUUCUACACCAACAUCUACGUCAGCAUCGCCUUCCUCUGCUGCAUCUCGCUGGACCGGUACCUGGCGGUGGCGUACCCCAUGCGCUUCGCCAAGGUCCGACGAAUCAAAACAGCCGUCCUGGUCAGCGCCAUGGUGUGGAUCAUCGAGAUCGUGGCCAACUCGGCUCCUCUCUUCCACGACGAGCUCUUCCAGGAUCGCUUCAACCACACCUUCUGCUUUGAGAAGUAUCCCAUGCAGGACUGGGUGGCCGGGAUGAACCUGUACAGGACGUUUCUGGGCUUCCUGGGGCCCUGGACGGCCAUGCUGGUGGCCUACAGAGGGAUCCUCGCUGCCGUGCGCUGCAACGUCUCCACGGAGCGCGAGGAGAAGGCAAAGAUCCAGCGCUUGGCUCUGAGUCUGAUCCUGAUUGUGUUGCUCUGCUUCGGCCCGUACCACAUCCUCCUCCUGGUGCGGAGCGUCAUGUUCCUCAAUAAGCCGUGUGACUGCAGCUCGGAGGAGAGCCUGUUCGCAGCGUACCACGUGUCGCUGGCACUGACCAGCUUGAACUGUGUCGCGGACCCCAUUUUGUACUGCUUCGUCAACGAGGGCGCUCGGCACGACGUCGGCCGAGCCCUGUCAGCGAUGAUCUCUGUGGCCUGUCACAGGGGCUCCUGCUCCUCGCCAUCACACGGCGACAUGCUGAACGCCGGCUCGGUCACGGUGGAAACGCCGCUAGCGGGGAAGAAGCAGCCGUGCGUGUACGCUGACGGUGGCAAGACGAGCAGCUACAGGACGGAGCUGGUGGCUCUGAAGGAGGAGUGUCUACAGAUGACCAUCCUCAGUGUCAGGAAGUGACUCGCACCCGCAACAGGAAGUAGCGGGUUCAAACUGCGCAGGUCAGUGGGAGGAGGAACAUCCCAACACGUCUGGUUUCUUCUGGUCAGACACACUCGGGGCUGAAGAUCCUUAGAGUCAACGUUUCCACUCAGUGGCGCUGAUGAAGUAAACAGGACGCACAGUCUGGAGCCGGGGUCGCAGCCCCGGCAAAAUGCUUAUGGCAAUUAUGAGAGGAGUUCAUGUGCAGAGCCUCAGUGGGAUAAGUGCUGGAUAAUGAAUACACACCAGAAAACUCACGAAAAAUGAUGAGAAACUGAUUUGUAAUUGUUAAAUAUUUAUGAAUAGAGGAGAAGGGAUGUGAAGUUUGGCCUGAAGGUGGCGCCUGAAGACCUGAAGGUUGAUCUCUGAGUGACAGCUUGUCAGGGUCGGUUCUAUGUCGCUGCUUUGGGUUCACAUCCCGUUCACACUAAUGCAGAUGUUUACCAAAACAAACCUGCUCCUCUGGGUUCGAGCUUCACGUCCUCACCAAACGUCCAGAUCUUUACAAACUUGAACAUUUCCCCAAAACUCUGGUUUCUGUGUAUCCGUGUGUUUCAGAAAUGAUGACAUCACAGUUUACUUCACGCACACUACCACUGUUCACGACGUCAGAGGCCACGACGUCAGUGGCUGCAUAUUUAGCAUCACUGCACCACAUUUCAUUCACUUGAGCAUGCUCGCAAUGUUCUCCACUGGUAUUUGACUGAUCGUUGAAGUAGACUUUAUCGCCACCUACUGGCCCAGCAUGCAUGUUGUUGUCCUUUGUGUGUUCGCAUCUCGAUGUUUAAUAAAACGAAAGUCAAGUGGACAGAAGAGUCAGGGUCCCACCAAAGUCCUGAGGAUUCAGCCCCAGUGGACCAUGAAUGUCUUGCACCACUUUUCAUGCCAAUCCUCCCAGUAGAUGUUGAACUGGUUCUGCGUUGGUGCAACAGAACGACAGACCAGCCCAGUGCCCUGCAGCCAUCAAGCUAAAUUUGAUCACUGUGCCAGGACUCAUUCAUGCCCCGGAGGACGUCCUCUGAUAUUUAAGUGGAUUUAUUUAAACCGACGCCCUCUGGACGGGUGAGACAGGAAGACACCUUUGGACUCAGACUGUUUGGACAUCCAGCGGGACAAGUUGGGGGUUCGACGCCUGAAGCUGCCACUCUGGAAGAUACCAUUAGAGCAGAGGUGUAAUGAAAGAACAGAUUCCUGUUCCAAUGCUCGUUGGAAAUGUCUUUACUGUUUCGUUGGUGUUUGAAGGAAACAGUGUGAAGUACCUCAGCUCGUAAACUGUGACAGAACGAAGUUUCUUCUUUAAUGUUGUUGUUGUUUGUUGUUUUUCUUUCUUGUUUUACGACAAAUUAAAACCAAAACCUUUUACGUGAAUUCAGCUCCGCGUCCCGGCUGGUUUUGAACAUUCACCGCACACAAACCAAACCACAGUUCACUUUGAUCCAGAUCAGGAAAUCCUCCUUUGGUUGGAAUCAAUUUUUAUUUAAGUUCAGACUAAACAAAAAAAAUCUGUAGCUUCUGUAGGACCAGAGUAAGGUUUGAAAGCGUCCUCAUCCUUUCAUCUGACUAAAUACUGAUCAAAGGAACAAACAUUAAAUAAAGAUUAAACAUUAUAACAUUACAAGAUGCCUUUUCGACAUACUGACUUUCCUUGUGUGCAGUAUUAUUAGUUCCUGGUGAUAGACUGGUCUCCAUGCUGCAGCUCCACCUGCCAGCUCUUCCAUCAGAGGGAUGAGAAUGUCUUUUGAUGUUGUCUCGGCAUGAAAGAGUUUCUGUGUUCUGGUUUUUGUUUAGUUCUUGGACACUUCCAGCUCGUCAGGUUUUGCCCUGAACGCUGCUCUGUGUGUUUUCUUGUGGAAUCUGUGUCUCAGAGACGAGGCACCAGGCUUCAUCACGUGCAUUAGUGGAUCGACAGUGUCUGAGAAAUAAAUUAUGCAUCUGAAACUUCA